AAAGCGGAGGAGAAUGAGCAGCUGGGUGAGGGCAUUAGCUGCUGAUCUUGCCUCUUGACAGGCUGCGUUACUCCUCAGGGAAAAUGAGUGCCUGGCUGUGUCCUCUGCUGUGGAGCUUAACCAUGGUGUGCUUAACAGGUAUUGCUUUAGGCCAGACAGCCAGCACUGAGGUCUCCAUCACAUCAACCCCAGCACCUCCCAGUGCAACCAGCACUGAGGUCCCAGUUGCAUCCACCCCAGCACCUCCCAGUGCAUCAACCCCAGUACCUCCCAGUGCAACCAGCACUGAGGUUCCCAUUGCAUCCACCCCAGCACCUCCCAGUGCAACCCCUGCUACCGCCUCUGCUCCUCCAGCUGCUCCUGCAACACUCUCAGCUGCACUGACACCAACCACUGCAAGCCCUGCUGCACCCACAGCAGCUCCAUCUGCUGAUCCAAGCACAACAACCCCUGCCCAGACUCUGCCCUCCAGCACGGGGACUGUCCCCACCUCUGGCAGCAGGGCCACCUCUCCAGCAUCUUCAGCACUGACAGCCACAGCCAGCAGUGCCCCAGCGUCCCCUCCAGGGGUGACCACAUCCCCUGGGCUGCCGUCGUCAGCUCUGCCCCCCAGCACCCCCCAGCCCUCCAACUGCAGCAGAGUGAAUGUGACAGCCUGUGCCCCCUGCCCCCCAGGGACUGUCCCCACACAAGGCACCUUGAGCUGCUCGUGCUGCGCGGGGGGCGCGUGCAUCGGCCCCGGUGCCUGCAGCCCCUGCCCUGCAGGCCACUACCAGCCCCAAGGUGGGCAACCAUCCUGCCUGCCCUGCCCACAGGGCUCCUACACCAGCUUCCCAAGGAGCACUGUGUGUCUUCCCUGCCCACCAGGACAUUUUGCUAAUGAGUCUGGGGCUGCAGCCUGCAGAGCCUGUGAGCGAGGCUAUUUUAGCUCCAAGCAAAAUGCAGCUUUUUGUCUGCCUUGCCAGCCAGGAUCAUUUUGCAACACCACCAGCUGCUCGGCCUGUCUGUCCUGCCCCGGGGGACAGGAGGCUCCUCGGGAGGCGUCAGAGGGGUGCGAGUCCUGCCCGCCAGGUACAUUCAAAGGUCCCAGUGACAACAGAUGCAAGGCCUGCAGGACAGGAGAGUACCAACUACAGCGGGGCAAGGAGAGCUGUGACCUGUGCCCAGAAAACCACUACUGCCCUAGCCCAGAUGUGAACCCAGUGAAGUGCCCUCCCGAUGCCUUCUGCCCCCGGGGCAGCGUGGAGCCCACCUACUGCAUGGAGCUCUUCCUGUACAAGGCAGGGGACUCCUGCCGGCUGACCCCUGCCACGGUCAUUGUCCUGGCCACCUUCUCAGCAGGUGGGAUCCUUGUUGUCUUUCUAAUAAUCCUGAGAAGGCGGCAGGAGCACGGCAAGAACGCCCUGAAGUGGCUGCUGCUGCCCCGGGGCUCAGGACCCGCCUCCUACGGGGGCACAGAACACACAGAGCCUGUCUAUGCUGGCUGGUAGCCCUGGCCAUGGCCUGCAGCCUCUCCUUCCCCUGGGGCAACGCAGAUGUGGCUCUGGGCAAGGUGUUUAACCAUCAGCAACCUACUUCUGUAUAGCUAAAAAUCAGUGCUGGGGAAUAAAAGUCAGUUUUUGAGUUGUGGCUCCUUGUGCAAACCAGCCCAGCUGCCUGCUCUGCUGCCCUGGGCUGAUGGGAAAAGUCUUCCCCUUCCAAUUCCUGGCUUCCUUCACAAGUAAAUACUUUUCUCCUUUCUUCAGGGGGAAAAAACCUUCCAAACAGCAACCAGCAACCUAUCUAUUUCUCCAUUUUAAUAAUCAGCUCAACAGAGUGAGGAGUGACUGCUCCAGUUAUUGAGAUCCCUUUGAUACAACACUAAUUUCCACCCAAGCACAAACUAACAUACCUCCUUUUAAUAAUAUGCAAUUUUUUGUUUUUCAUUCUCAAAAUUUUAGCAUAAGCACAAGUCAAAGAUCCUAAAGCUCUGCCCUUCCUUUCAGCUGUGGGCAAAUGUACAACUAAAGUAAUGGUUGAUUUCUGGAAAAAUGUUCCUUUUAUUUCCUGCUGCCAGGUGGUGCUUCAGAGUGGAGGUCCAAAGGAGCAGCAUGGUGCAGGCACAGAAGAUGCCUUGUCCCUUUCUGCAUGCUGAGGAGAGGGGCUGUAGGGGACCCACUGCCCAAAUGCCCGGGCAAAGUUCUGUCCCUGAUCCUGGACACUGGUUUGUACCUGUUUGCUGUGGCACUCCAAGCCCUGUUCUGUGCACCCAGCCCAGUUUAACCAUCUGGUAAAACUAAUGUGAUUUGUAUUUUCCAGAGAUUAUUCCUGUGUGUGGCUGGUUGACUCUUAACUUGUUGUUUGCUCUGUGUCCCCUAUUAUAUUUUUUCUCUGGGAAAUGCUUAGCCAGCAUCCCAGGCAGUCAGAAAUGCCCAGAAAAAGUUCAACAUUACCUGUACUGGAGCCAGUGUCAAUUGCUCCAUGAAACCAGUCCCUCUGGCCUCUUAACCUUCCCACCUUGUUUUCAUUUUCCUUCUACAGUGACAUUCCCACACAGAUGCUGUGUAAACCCAGCCCAGCCAGCUGUGACCCUAUGUGUCACUGCUGUGCUUCACCAGCUCUCAAUGGCCAGUAAAAAUAAUAUCUCUGUCAAAAGAUCCACGAUUUGAAAUGGCUCUGCACAGAGGUGGUAGCAGGUGUUACUUCUCACUUAACCUUGCAGCAGCAGAGAUGGCUGAAGGAACCCAGCUGUGGGGGGUUAAGUGGUUCCUGCCCUCAGCUGCUCAUUCCCCUCUCCCCAGGGAAGGUGUUAAAAGUGUUUAAAAAAGUUUAUAAAAUCUAUCAGUUCUCUGAUCUGUCUCAGCUCUAUCAGGUGAGUAACUGGCUGCAAGAGUGGU